AGCAGUACCAACAGUAUACACUUCUAUAUUACCAGAUAUUACAUUUCGUCAAAAGAAAACAGUUUUGUUAGCAGUUAAUUUCCGGCAACGAGCGUUUAAUAAAAUGGCGGUGAAAACAAACUAAUGUUUUGUUGAAUGUAUAUAAUAAUUUCAUUGAUACGGAAAAUUUAAUUAAUUUAUUUGUAUUAUAUAUCAUACAUUAAUAACAAUAAAGAAAUUGUGUCGAAUAUUCUCAGUAUAUCGUAAAACAACAAAACAGAAUUUUUCAUUAACUAAAUUGAUUUAAUUUUUGAAUUUUGUAUAUUUAUAACUUAUAAAUUCUUAGUAACUUAUUAUUUAUACAAUAUUUGCAAUAUUUAUACAAUGACUGCAAAAAUAUAUCAACCAGAUCAAGAAUUAGAGACGAAGGUUAAAAAAGCAACUGAACGCAUAUCUGAAAACAUGCAUAUAGUUGCAAAUGAGCCAUCGCUUGCAUUUUAUAGACUUCAGGAACAUGUAAGGAAGGCAUUGCCUCCUAUGGUGGAUAAACGAGUAGAAGUGCUUACACUUCAACAGCAACUUUUAGGCAGGUGUUAUGAUGUAGAGUAUGCUGUAAGCGCUAUUAAGACAAUGCAUGGUGCUGGGAAGAGUUUUGAGAACACUUUAGAAUUUAUCAAGAAUGCUAUAUUUUUCAAACAACAAUUAAAGUAUGAAGAACAGCGUAGGCACAAAAAAGAUGGAAAUAGAGAUUCUGUAUACAAAAGACUAUCUGCACACAUUCCUACCUUAGAUCAUUUACCGGAUGAAAUAUCUGAUGUUGUAAGAGAAACUGCUAACAGGGUAGAGUCUAUGAUGAACCAUGCCAGAUAUUCUACCGAGGUUCAGAAAACAAAUUGAACUUCACAACUGACAAUUUAAUGUAUUAAAAUAUAAUAAUGUCAAGAGAUA